UGCUCAGGAAAGUGGGUUGUGUCUCUACAGUGGUGAAGAAAAUGUAUGAGUCCUCAAGGGGAUCACCAAUCCGAAAUGGGGGUGAUAGCAGCACCCAGCAAAUCCAUAUCUGCCUUUGAACCAGAGACCAACUCUGGAAAAGAUGCUGAGGCAGUCCAUCCCCGACCAUCAUACUCUGCAUCGAGCUCUGGUUCCAAAGAAAGGCCCAGCAACAAUGGAUGGUGUAACGGGGUAUAAGAGAGGUGCAAAAUGGAACAUUGCUACCUACAGAAGAGAUGAAGAGGCCCCAAAUCUUAAAUUAACCGUGGCUCAAAGUCAGGAGUUGAAAGGCCUCCCACUUCCCGUUACCCAGCGACUUCCUGUUACCCAGUGUGUGAGUGAACUUGCAGCUCGUCAACAAAUUAAAAUGACCUUUUACAGAAGAAGGGGGGCUGGGAUGGAGCAUGUGACAUAUACUGUGUUUCUUCAGUUCUUAAUCAUCACUGCACUAAUUCAAGACUCUAAUGGAAGCUGUCCAGCCUGCAAUGACGACGGAUGUGCAAAAGUGCAGACAAUAUAUGGAUCGAAUGACACCAUAGUGUAUCAGAGAAGUAACCCCAUCGAAAACCUCACAAGUUGUUCCACCACCUCUGCACCACCUCCUCAGAGUCGGAGUUGUGUUUUGUGUCUUGCUGAUAUCAGAGAUAUAACCCUCUUUUGCUCAGACAGCUGGGAAGCAGCUGGGCCGCUCGACUGGGAGGUUGAUGGCAUCCGAUUGAAAAACAUCUUUAUGGUUGACUGCCCAGCCAUGAAGACUGUUGAUCGUGUAACAGACCUUAUCCCUGGUGAUAUUUCUGGUACCCUCAACCCUGGUGGAAUUGCCGUUAUUGUGGUCUGCUGUGCUGGGAUUGGCCUCGUGUCAGUGUCAAUCUGUUUCUAUUAUCGCAAGAUUGAACGCGAUCGUCAAGAGAGGAGGCCUGAAGCUCUGUAGAUGACAAAAGUAUGAGGAACAUGCAGUGGAGCAUUUGGGAGAGGAACAGUGAAGCGUUCUACAUUUUCAAACAAACAUGUCUUAUGAGUUGUUAACACUAGUAGAAACUACAAUUGUAUCGUUUGUGCUGGACACUUCUAUAAGGGGAAAAAAGUUACAAUGACAGUGCAUGCCUUUAGAAAAAUUAUCUUUCCUAUAUAUGUUUUCCAUAUACUUGCCUACAGUUGAAGUCAGAAGUUGACAUACACCUUAUCCAAAUACAUUUAAACUCAGUUUUUCACAAUUCCUGACAUUUAAUCCUAGUAAAAAUUCCCUGUCUUAGGUCAGUUAGGAUCACCACUAUUUUAAGAAUGAUGCUGAAUGAAGAAUUAAGUGAUCCUGUAAAUUGAGCUCGGUGCAUUUUAAACCCUGUCAUUUGUAGUUCUAGACAGCUGCCCACAGGGAGAGAUGCAGUCUAGAGGCAUGGUGGAUCCUGUUUGCUGUUUGAUGGGAGCACAUGGCUAAUAACGUUUGAGAGCUGUAAUGUUGACCAACAACGUUCCCAAUGUUUGAUGACAACAGCCGGGAGCCAUUUUCACCCAGGCUCCACCAUGGCCAUCUCUGUCCAGUGUCCUGUCAAGAGGUACGUGGUCAUCCUGUUCCAGCCGGUCACGCUCACCUGCAACUUCCAGACGUCUUCCACGCAGCCGCCUGUCAUCACUUGGAGGUACAAGUCCUACUGCAGGGACCCCAUCCAGGCAGCCCUGAACCCCAGCAGCGCUGACAACAUCCUGUCCCAGAACAACCCUAACUACAACGCCAACAUUGAGUGUGCCGACAACAUGCGGACAGUGCGCAUCGUGGCCUCCAAGCAGGGCAGUGCUGUCACUCUGGGCGAGGAGUACCAGGGGCGAAAAGUCAGCAUCUUGAACAACGCAGACCUGAACCUUGCCCAGACGGCGUGGGGAGACAGCGGCGUGUACGUGUGCUCUGUGGUGUCUUCUCAAGACCUGACAGGGAACAGCGAGGACUACACUGAGCUCAUAGUGCUGGAGAGAAAGUCAAAUACCACUGAUCUCCUGCCUGAGAUUGACUUACUGGUUAUGGAAGACUGGUUGUUGGUAGUACUGGUAGUGUUUGGCUUCCUGCUGCUGUUGCUCCUCAUAGCAAUCUGUUGGUGCCAGUGCUGCCCCCACACCUGCUGCUGCUACAUCCGCUGCCCCUGCUGCCCAGAGAAAUGCUGCUGCCCUCGGGCACUGUACGAAGCAGGCAAGGCGGUGAAGUCAGGCAUCCCCAGCAACUACGCGCCCACGCUCUACGCUCCCAGCAUGUACGCCCAGCCACCCUACGGAGGGGUCAUGCAACAGCCCGGCAUACCCAUGCUGCCCUUACCCCAGGGAAUGGGCGGCCCCCCACUACACCCCAACGGCUACGGACGGGACUACGACGGCGCCAGCUCGGUUGGACAUGGCUCCCAGGUGCCUUUGCUGCAUGACCAGGACAGUGGCGCAGGAGACCAAACUCGGAGUGGCUACCGUAUCCAGGUGGACCCAGAUGGGAAUGCAACGCGGGCCAUCUACUACAUGGAGAGACAGCUAGCCAACCUGGACCCCACCCGGUCUGGUGAAGCCGCUGGGAAGUACAACCGCUUGGAUGGGGGGAUGAGCGAGGUGAGCUCCUUACACGACGACCCACGGGGCCGUGGCGGUGGCCGCUCCCAGGCCCCGCCCCUCGCCACCGUGUACGACCAGGACGAGGCCAUGAGCACCAUCAGCAGCGUGUCCACGCACGGCCAGCGGGGGCGUGACGACUACCCGCGGCGAGGAGGUGGGCCCUCCCCCCACAUGGGGGCCCACGGACGGGCCCGCUCCAUGGACAACCUAGAUGACAUCGCCCGCCGAGACCGCUACCCCAGAGACCCCCGGGAUCCCCGCGAAGACUACCCUCCCCACCGCCGUGAUGGAGGAGGAGCCAGAGAAAGGAGAGGCUCGGAUGAUGACUUUAGCAGCCGCGGCGGCUACGACCGCGGCCGUGAAUUUGACGACCGCAGACGGCGCAAGCCCUCCCCUGAUGACCGUCGCCGCGGAGGCAGCCCGGUCAGCGGUCUCCAGGGGAGACGCAGCCGUAGCCGUGACGACCUGAUGGACAUCGAACGUGAUCGGGAGCGCGGUGGCGGCCGGGGUGGUGGGCGGGACGCCUACGAUGAUAGCUUUCUGCGGGAAGCCAUGGAGAAGAAGCGUCUAGGCGAGCAGCAGAGGGCGAGGAGCCGCGAGCGCCUGGACAGCGACAGCGAACGCUCGGACCGAGGCAGGGCCCCCCGCGGACCCCCUCCACUUCCCAUGUCCCCGCCUUCCAACUACCCCGACCGUCGCUACGACGACAACUACCCAGCCCCUCACCCGCCUCCCUACAUUAGCGAUGACGAGAGCUUGACGUCCUCCAAGAAGAGCAACCUACGCAAGAAUGGAGCCGUGAGUCGGGAGAGCCUGGUGGUGUGAGACGUUUAGUAUCCCCCAGCGUAACUGAUCUGUCCCGUAACACAAUUACUAGUCGUCUAUGUCAAUAGUACUAAUGUUGCAAACUUGAUACCGUGAUUUUAUUUUCAAUACCUAAACUCAGAUAUCAAAAUUUGGUGCUGGAUAUUUAUGUACAAAUGACCUUAUUGGGGGUAAUUUAGUAAUUGUGUGCUUCAUAUUUACUGAAAACAUUGUCAGCCUUAUGUCCUCUCAAUUAUUUUUAAUGUACAGAAUAGCUCUAACUGAAGCACUAAGUGUAGUGUGUGGUUGAACAUACCAAGGCUUAAUUAAAGUAGCCUACACUGGAAUUGCAAUAGCCAAAGUAAACCAAAAAUGGUUUUCAUUCACUCUUUUUAACCAUUCAUUUUCAUCUUACAGUUAAUGUGAGUAACCCGGAGCUUUAAGAUUAUAAAGCAGUAAUUAUUUACUGUGAGAAGUCAUGGAUUUUUUAAAUGAAAAUGAGAUCAUGCUGUACAUUUAAAAUGGAAUAGAUUUUAUUAGGGCGGGAGGUAGCCUAGCGGUUAAGAGCGUUGGGCCACUAACCGAAAGGUCGCUGGUUCAAAUCGCCGAGCCAACUAAGUAAAAAAUCUGCCGAUGUGCCCUUGAGCAAGGCACUUAACCCUAAUUGCUCUGGAUAAGAGCCUCUAAUGACUAAAAUCAAAUAAUAGCCAUGUUAUUUUUACAUUGUUUAUCAUCGUAUUUAGAGUUUUGGAUUAGUUUUAACUGUCUGUCCAACAAUGAUAUUUGUCAUGAAUAAUGUCAGCCAUAGGCAGAUUAUAUUUGUUCAUUUAAUUUUAAUUUUAAUUUUAUUAUUGCUAUGAAAAAUGUACUUACUCCAUUGUUGUACAGUCUACUUGUCAUACCCACUGUCCGUACUGUGUUGACUGUGAUUUACAACAAGCGUAAUUUUACAAUAAAGCUUUUUCAAAAUGCU